AACACCUGUUCGAGUGCCGUGACCACCUGGCCUCAUGGCCUGCCUCCUCCGAAAUGAUAGCCUGAAAAGGCAAUACAAAAUUAAAUGUAACAUUGGCCACGGUGCAUUUGGGUAUGUAAAACUAGCUCAGCAUCGCUUCACAGGCGCCCAGGUGGCUAUAAAGUCUAUAGAGAAUAUAAAGAAACACAUUCGAAUCAUCACAGCAGAGAUGGCGACAUUGCAAUCAUUGCAACAUCCGAACAUCAUUCGUCUGUUUCAGAUUAUAACAACCCAGAAACAUUGUUAUUUUGUCACUGAAUAUGCUCCGGGAGGAAACUUGUUCCAGCUAAUAAAGAAAGGUGGCAGGCUGCAGGAGGUAAGGGCACAAAAACUAUUUGGUCAGCUGGUUUCAGCCAUCAGGUAUUGCCAUCAAAUUGAUAUCGUACACAGAGACCUAAAGCCUCAGAACAUCCUAAUUGACGCAGAGGGGAAUGUGAAGGUGGCCGACUUCGGUCUUGCCAGAAGAUGUCGAGCCGGAACUGUGCUGCAAGGAAGAUGCGGCACUAACAUCUUCAACGCUCCGGAACUGGUACUAAGAGAAGGCUACGACGGGAAGAAGGCAGAUGUGUGGAGUCUGGGCGUGGUGCUCUAUUUCAUCACCAUUGGGUACCACCCCUUCAAAGGAAGCACCCUGAAAGAGACCGAGGGGAAUAUCAUCCAAGGGAGCUAUUUUGUCCCAGCUCACGUCUCUGCACAACUUGAAAACCUUAUUCAUCAACUGCUCACGAUUGCCCCAGAGAAGAGGCCCUCCAUUGAAGACGUUGAACAACAUCCAUGGGUGAUAAAAUGUGAAGAAAACAUCCCAGGUAACACCUAUCCAGAUCCCAAAGUACUAGACAUCUUGAUUGAUCUUGGGUUUAACAUCAAUGACAUCUUGGAGUCUCUGCAAAAGAGAAAAUAUGAUGAAAUGAUGGGGACGUAUCUUAUCAUUGAAGAACAGGUACGCAAGGGGGUGUGGCUUGACUGCACCACCUUACCCAAGCCUGAAUACACUGACCCUACGCCUCCCCCAACACCAGUACCUUGCCUAAAACGAAGAGCCAGUGAACCCAUCUUUGGCUUCCUACCCAGUCAGCCUUUACAGCAGAACCAGCCUGAUAUCCUGACACUAUUAGAGCGGAAAUUGGCCAGAAGUGCCUCCCUGCCUCAAUGUUGUCCCCAGAGGAAGAUCCCUCCUUGUAGCUGUGCCCCCCUAUACAAACCUGGGGCUCACCCAUGUAUCAGCAGCAGUAUACCGGAAGAGAUAAUGUCCCUGCCACCUAAGCUGGACUUUGACAUGGAAGCAAUAUCUCCCCCUCAGAACACUGGGUGCUUCAAGAGACUGCACAGGAGAAUCAGGACUUGCCUGUCCUGUUGCUGUUUGCCAAGGAGUUCAGAGACACAACCCCCACCUAUGUUCAACAGAGUGGCUCCCUGA